UCUUCUACUUUCACUUUCUGUUUCUCGGGUUGCAGAGUGUUUGGUGAUCUCCUCCAGGGAUCCAGCAGAUCUCCGUCUGUCACCCCUCAGGGGCCCCAGGCAGUGGAGGGGACACAGGUCACCAUGACUCCUCCCCACGUUCUCCGAGUGUCGGGAAUUCCCGCCGGUCACUAUGAUGAUGAUGAUAAUUUACUACUAGACAAGCUUUUCAUACACUUCCUGCGCCGCAAGAAUGGAGGGAACGGUGAGGUGGAUGUGCGUUACCCCACAAGGGAAAGGGGCGUGGCCAUGCUUACCUUUGACCAGGUAGAAGUGGUAGAACGAGUCCUGUCCCGGAGGCACCUCCUCGAGAUAAAGGGGCUCACCUUCCGGCUUGAAGUCAGCCGCCCACAACGCCAGAGGACCCAGUUCUCCAUGCCCAUCACGACCAACCUGAGCCUGGCGCACUUUGAUGACAUCAAAGAGGUCAUAGCACUUCUUAAGAAACACGGCCUUAAAGUUUGUGGGGUGGAAAACUAUUAUCUUUCCAUAGAAGGGGAUUUUCAGGAUCUGAUUCGAUGCCGCGAUGAACUUUACAAGAUAAUGAGCAAUUCUGCCCAUCAUGUGGAGAAUCGAAUGUCCCGUAAGGACCAGUAUCACGCCAAGGAGCACAGUCCAGACAAACGUCAUGUCUCCGGAGAAGAAGCUGGUAAACAAAUUCCAAUACAGAGUUUGCCUGACAAGUCCUCAAAUAAAACCUCUAAUCGAGAGCCCUCACCGAGGAGGACAAAAAUAACCCCCGAGCCUCUACCAACGGACCACGAUGGUCACAGUUCUACUGGGGAUGGGAGCAGAACACCAUACAUAAAACCAUCUUUAAGAUCAGAUGGCGCCAGCCAAAGAAGACCCAAGGACACGUCUUCAGAUGACUCAACCUCCAUCAAAAAACACCCCACAAUCAACAUUGCAGCGAACCUAAAUUUGUAUCCCGCACCACCCAAAAAGUUAUCUGCAUAUGAAGAUAGAAAAAUAAGCAGAAGCUCUCCACUGCCCAGUAAUGGAAAACCAGCUGAUGGCUCAGGAUUAGACGGUGGCACAUUUGCAAGCAUACAAUUUAGAGAAAACUUGCCUGAGUCCAGCUCCAAUCAAAGUAAACCCAAAGGCACCAUUGCAGAUGGAAUUACCUCCAACCAAAAAUAUCCCAACAGCACCAUCGGAGAUGGAUCUGACUUCAAACCUGGGCAACCCAAGAACACCUCUACAGAUGAAUUCAACCCAAAACCUUCCAAGAGCGCCAUCGUUGAUGGCACCAAAUUCAACUCUGGGGAACCCAAGAACGCAUCUACAGAGGAAUUCAACUCAAGCCAAAAUCAUUUAAAGAGCGCCAAUGGAGAUGGCACCAAAUUCAGUUCUGGUCAACCCAAGAACGCAUCUACAGAUGAAUUAAACUCAAACCUAAAACAUUCCAAGAGCGCCAUCGAAGAAGGUACCAACAAAUACACGUCUGGACAACCCAAGAACACCUCUACAGCUGAAUUAAACUCAACCCCAAAUCAUUCCAAGAGAACCAUCGAAGGUAGCACCAAAUUCAACUCUAAGCAACCCAAGAACAAAUCUACAGCUGAAUCAAACUCCACCCCAAAUCAUUCCAAGAGCACCAUCGGAGAUAGCACCAGAUUCAACUCUGAGCAACCCAAGAACACAUCUAGAGAUGAAUUAAUGUCGAACCCAAAUCAUUCCAAGAACGCCAUCGGAGAUAGCACCAAAUUCAACUCUGGACAGCCCAAGAACACAUCUACCGAUAAAUUGAACUCCAACCCAAAUCAUUCCAAGAGCACCAUCGGAGAUAGCACCAAAUUCAGCUCUGGGCAACCCAAAAACUCAUCUCUAGAUGAAUUAAACUUGAACCCAAAACUUCCCAAGAAUGCUCUUGGAGAUGGCGCCAAUUUCAAGCCUGGAAAACCUCAAAACUCCCCUCCAGAUGAAUUCUAUUUACACCCGAGAGACCCGGAGGAUCUGACUGCAAGGUCAUCUAAUCGCUCAUCCAUCAUGGCAGCCGGAUGGUCAUCUUCAAGUUCUCCCACUUUUAAUUCAUUAACUGCAAGUAAUCCCAAAAAUCGUCUGGACGAAAGCUCUCUCUCUACGGAGCUCUUUGUGGAUCCGGCAGCUCACACCUACGUAAGUGUAUUCAUGAAGGACAUAAUCGAUGAUAUUCUGGGUCCGUCUAAUGCGGAAAUUAAAAUCGAGACCGGUGACGGGUAUAACAGGGUUAUAAUGACAUCCAAAUCCCCCCAUCUGUCCCAGAACUUCUACAAAGCCGCUCAUGAAAUAUCAGACGUUUUUACAAAAUGCCAACAUUUUCUCCGAGUGGAAAGCAUCGAGCUGUCUAAUAUUUCCGCUGAUGUGACCAAAAAACUGCAGACAUAUCUCUUUUAUUGUGGCAUCUGGUCAUCACCAAAUGGAAAGAGGCUACAAAUGAUUGGCCCAUCCAAAGACAUCACCAGGUUCAUGGAGAAAUGGGCAUCAGCUGGGGGUGACUUUGUGAGACUUAUGCGUCUUUUACAGGGAGUUUCUCCAGCUUCCUCUCGCCCCCCGGUGGUCGGGAGGGACAAUGUGCACCAAUCCACAACUCGCAACCAUAACGUGACGCAUGACGUCCACACCCAGAGGGCGAGAUCGAGGGAUCGCGGUGAAGAGACGGGGGCCAGAGGAAGAGACAGAAGGCCGGAUUCAAUCAGUCGUAGGAAGAAGCCUUCUGAUGAACACUGGAAAUGAUUUUUUUUUAUACACCGACUUACUAUUAACUGACAUGAGUACAAACUUUUUUAUUAUUAUAUAUUUUUUUUUUAUUACAAAGAGGGUAUUUUUGCUCUUUUUGUGGCCAAUGGGGACAUUUUCUAUUACCUCCAGUGUGUUUGCCGAAAAAUCUCGACAACGGGGGCCCAGACAAUAACACAAAGUGUUGUGGGGAAGGAUGAGAACAUUUAUCGGGCCGUAUGGGUCCCAGUUGAGGAGAUCUCUUUACUUCCCGAUAGGCCACCAGGACAGGAAAUUAGAUCAAAUCUCCCCAACAGGGAUAAAGCCGCCAGUGAAAUACUGACUGAGGUCUUAAGUCUCCCCAACUCUAACCAAACCCAAGAAUAAGUUGUGGGUGGAAUCUGGGCUUUAAAGGAACCUUACGCUGAGACAAAGUCAAUAGCUUCCAUUGCUGACCACCUGCCAUAUUGAUGCCCUGGUUUCACUGACGUGGGUUAUAGACUCUUGGGCAUCUUCAUUCCUCUUUGCCUGUAUAUGGUGAGUGUUGUGCAGCAGUAACAUUAUAAAUGGUAGACCAGCACAUCCCCCCCACAAACUCCUCCAUUUUCGGGAAAGUUGGGACCACUAUCUGGUUCCUCCAUGAAGCCCUUUCACCUGUAUUGGCCAUUGGGCAUUCAGGAGAUCUUCCUCCUAUAAGGCUAGGCUCACAUUUUUAUGGGUUUUUCUACAACCUAAAUCUAUCUAUGGGGCCAAAAAAUGCACCAAAAGAAGAUCCUGCCCCUUUUUACAAGUCGUACAGAACUGCGUUGGCCGCCAUAAACGAUAAUGGGAUUCCUCUUGGUAUUCGGCAACCUUGGUUGGGGCAGUGCCAAUGUCUUGGCACUUUUCCAUUAGCUUUACGCAAUCCCAUCAUUGGACUGAUAGUUCAGUCGGUAAUUUAGCGUAGGUCAAGUGUUUGUUACCCUUUUUUUUUUUGAUAUUGUGUAGGUGUCAAGUUCAAGGAGGGACCUUUUUUUUUUCAAUUAAUUAUGGGCUCCAUCUAGUGGCCAUAAUGCGUUACUUGAAAUAACGCAACCAGGAAAAUGCCACAUUUUGGCCACUAGAUGUAGCUGAUGAUCAUAGGAAAAAGGAAAUAAAAUUUUACUCAAUUUGAUACAUUGG